ACAAUCAGCACUCUCAGCAAUUCCUAGCAAAAUGUUCAGACAAGCCCUCCGUCAAGUGGCCAAGCAGUCCUCCACUGUAGUCAGAAGAAGCUACGCCACCGAAGCCUCCACUGCCUCUGAUGCCUUGAAGUUGUCUUUGGCUUUGCCUCACCAGACCUUGUACUCUGAGUCUGAAGUUGAACAAGUCAACUUGCCUUCUGUCAACGGUGACUUGGGUAUCUUGGCCAACCACAUUCCUAUCGUCGAACAGUUGAGACCAGGAUUAUUGGAAAUCAUCUCCAAGGGUGGAGAAACCGAACAAUACUUCGUUUCUGGAGGUAUUGCUACCGUCCAACCAGGCAACAAGUUGACUAUUUCUGCCAUUGAAGCCUUCAAGCCAGACCAAUUCGACGCUCAAGCCGUCAAGAACUUGAUUGCUGACGCCCAAAAGAGAGCUGCCUCCACCGAUGAAGUUGUUGUUGCCGAAGCCAACAUUGAGUUGGAAGUCUUGGAAGCCUUGCACAACAUUGCCAAGUAAAGUAGGAUUUUAACGAUUCAGUAAAAAAGUUAAACAGGGAUAAUUUGCAUCUUCGCUUCAGCCUGUCUGAACGAACCCAUCAACUCUGGCGAGUUGUUAGUAUUUAUCAACUAGUGGCGAGUCGCUUUCAUUUCAAUCAGGUGUGAGCCUAGUUUUUUUAGUAUAUAACGAUCAAUAGACACAGUCAAGAAGUC